GCAAAGCGCUUAACACCAAAGCAAAUCCCAAGGCUGGCAAACGUUUUUGGCUCAGAAUCCAAUGUAGAUAAGCGUACAGCAGUACCGGCAAUAACAGAAAAUCCCCCACCCCAACCACUAACCACGUUGCCGGUUUAUCCGAAGUCAGGAAAUAAUUUAACCAAUCACCCACCACCUGCAAUACCAACGCUAUCUCCCAGCGGUGCGCCGACAGAACUCGAAAUUACCAUGGCUGAAAAAAUCUGCACACUCAUGCCUUCCAUUGAAAUGGUACGCAUGACCAGUUCGGGUACAGAAGCCACCAUGUCGGCCAUUCGUUUGGCGCGUGGCUUCACCGGGCGUAAUUUUUUGGUCAAGUUUGAAGGCGGUUAUCAUGGGCACGGUGACUCAUUGCUGGUAAAAGCAGGCUCGGGUGCAUUGACCUUUGGGCAACCCAGCUCCCCUGGCGUUCCUGCCGAGUUGGCGCAAUACACCCUGACACUCGAUUACAAUGAUAGCGCACAAGUGCGCGAAGUGUUUGCUGCACGUGGGCAUGAAAUUGCUUGCAUCAUCGUUGAGCCAGUGUCUGGCAAUAUGAAUUGCAUUCCACCUGUACCCGGUUUUUUAGAAACGUUGCGUGAUGUUUGCGACCAAUCGGGCGCGGUGCUGAUUUUUGAUGAAGUCAUGACAGGUUUCCGAGUGGCCUUGGGCGGGGCGCAAGCGCUCUAUAACAUCAAGCCAGAUUUAACGACUUUGGGCAAAAUCAUUGGUGGCGGGAUGCCAGUGGGCGCGUUUGGUGGCAGGCGUGACAUGAUGGAACAUCUGUCUCCCUUGGGGGCGGUGUAUCAAGCAGGA